AUGGCAAGUCCUAGAUUUAAUUCCAUCAUCAUCAUCUUAUUCAUCUGCACUAUAAGCUUAUCGAUCGUCUCGAUUUCUUGCAAAGAAGAUCUUAAAACGAACCAAGCCGCCUUGUUUGCGUUUGGAGAUUCUCUGUUUGAAGCCGGAAACAAUAAUUACUUCGACUCUAUCUCAAGUUUCCGAUCAAAUUUCUGGCCGUAUGGUAAAACAACGUUCAAGUUUCCAACGGGACGGGUCUCUGAUGGACGAAUAAUGAUAGAUUUUAUUGCUGAAUACGCAUGGUUACCGUUGAUCCCGCCAAAUCUACAACCUGGUUACAGUAACAGUCAACUAACCUAUGGACUUAAUUUCGCUACUACAGCCGCCGGAGUUUUCGCCGGAACUUUUCCCGGAUCGUCGAAAGAUUUGGGAACACAGUUAAACAACUUCAAGAACGUGGAGAAAACGUUGAGGUCUAAUUUAGGAGAUGCAGAGGCGAGGAGAGUAAUCUCGAAAGCUGUUUAUCUUUUUCACAUAGGAGCAAAUGACUAUCAAUACCCAUUCUUUGCAAAUACCUCAACUUUUAGUAACACUACCAAAGAAAGAUUCAUCGAUUUCGUCAUCGGUAACACAACGACUGUAAUCGAGGAGUUGUAUAAAUUAGGAGCAAGGAAAUUCGGAUUCUUGAGCUUGGGUCCAUUUGGUUGUACACCAAGCGCAUUGAUAAUAAACAGUACAAAGAUAGGAUCUUGUUUCGAGCCAGUCACAGAGCUGAUCAAUCUCCAUAACCAAGAAUUUCCAAAAGUCUUGAGGCGUCUAGAGCGCCGGUUAUCCGGAUUCAAAUACGCUCUUCAUGACUUUCACACUUCUCUAUCCCAAAGAAUCAACAAUCCUUCUCGUUACGGUUUUAAGGAAGGGGAGAUGGCAUGUUGCGGGAGUGGGCCGUUGAGGGGAAUCAAUACAUGUGGAUUCCGAAAUGGACCAUCGCAAGGUUACAAGCUAUGCGAAAACGCUGAUGAUUACGUCUUCUUUGAUCCUUCUCAUUUGACGGAAACGGCUCAUCAACAGAUCGCUGAGCUGAUUUGGAGCGGACCACCUAAUGUCACUGCACCUUACAAUCUUAAAACAUUGUUCAGACUCUAGGCUUUUCCAAUGUAAACGGUUUAUUUUUUCUUUAUCAUCAUAUAUAUAUGAAGUUGAAUACAG